UUCUUCUAUCUUCAACCUCCCCAAAAAAGAGGUUCUUCUAUCAACUCGCGGAAAUCCUUCGACUGCUCUUCUUCCACAGAUGCUGUAAACGAGCCAAGCACAGAGCUUUCGAAAUCCCCCUAGGAAACUAGGGUUUCUGCAAAUUAAUGGCCGCCCACACCAUUUCAGCACUAGCAAUCCCACCUUGCUGUAGAAAAACCGACGAUUAUCCAUUCCGUCAUUCACUGAAUCUCCAUCCAUACAACUUGGUCGUAAGUUCCCUAAUCGGACGCAAUCUCUCGCUCCGGACAACCAACGCCCGCCGCGGAGUCUUAAAGCACCGCCGUCCAGCCGUCGCAGCGGUCUCGCUUAGUCUCCCAACUGAGAAACCAGAGAGGGCUUCUUCUGAGAAACUGCCAAAAUGGUCAGCAAGGGCGAUUAGGGCGUUUGCGUUGGGGGAAGUAGAAGCUUACAAGCUUAAGUAUCCAAAAAAAGGGACUGAAUGUCUUUUGAUGGGCAUCUUGGCUGAGGGAAACAGUACCGCUGCAAAAUAUUUGAGGUCAAAUGGAAUAACAUAUUACAAGGUGCGAGAAGAAACUAUUUAUUUACUUGGAAAAUCUGUCGAAGGCUAUGAGUCUCCUUGGGAACCUCCAUUGACUGAUCCAGCUCAGAGAGCCAUCGAUUGGGCCAUUGAUGGGAAACUAAAAUCAGAUGAGGUUGCGAGAAAGUCGGAAAAAUUUGUGGAGAACCUCAAAGGUGGAGGUUGAACAAAUGAUGUACUCCAUUAACCAGAGGUCCAGAGUUAAAGAUAUCCCGAUAUUUUCUGUUGCUUUUACUCCAUGGUAACAAAGUCCUAUGUGUAUGACUCGAGUUUCUUUUCAGGGGAAAGCACGGUCAGUUUUGCAGCAUGUGUUAGUCAACCGUUGGAACGUUUAUGGGCAGAUGUCCAUGCUACAACAGUACCUUAUGGGUCUCAUAGAUACCCCAAUAGGUCUUAGGAGGCUAGGUUUUUACUGCCAACAACAAGCGAGUAGGUAGUAAAUGCCAAUGUUGCUCGACAACUUUAGGUUCUAGAAAUAGCCAAAUAAAACAUCAAAAUGGGGAAUAUGGAUAGAGUUUAAGAAACAAAGAAGGGAGCUAGAUCCAAAGAUCCAAAUACAUCUAACAUCCACCUUAUACUUGUACAUUUCUAUCAUUCCCCUUUCAACUGUAUCUUCAUGUAGAAGGAACAUUUGUGUUUGCAAGUACUGUUCCACAGGUACCUCAAGAGUUGCGGUAUUCCAGGGAUUUGCGAAUCAGCUUUUAGUUCAUUUUGCUUUUUCCACUGGCUGUUUUUUCCUCUCUGCUUUUCAACUUUUGGGAACACUUUGGUUGAGAAUGGAAAACUUCGUUUGGAAGAAGAUGGGCACAUUAGGAGCCAAGUCCUACUAUUUUGGUGCUCAUCCCGUCUGACCUAGCUAGGUUGUAUUCAAAUGUCUAACCUUCCUGGCUCUGUACAUGGGUUAAAUCUUACGAGUUUCAAUAUUUCAUAGGCUUUUAGUUUGUGAAUUGCUUUUCAUUUAUCAAUCAGCUGGUUCUCAUUGAGGGUUCUAGCAUUCCUUUCAUCACCCCAUUGUUCCAGUGUCGCAGGAAUCAUUCUUCGAAAAACCAGACUGAUUUGCAUAGGCCCUCUUUUCCUGCCCUCGCUAUUUUAUCUUUAUGAAAGCUUGCUUACGGUAAACCAAACCGAACCAAACGAAGCCUCGCAUGAAUAAUUUUCCUGUAUUUUGCUUUGUCAAAUGCUUUUCAUUAUGGCUUUUGGUGGUAAUUUCUUUUGUUUAUUUGGCAUGAGUCCUUUAUGGGAUUCAGUUUCUGCUAUUUUAGUUUAAGUUUCUUAUUGGAAUAAUUUCGAUGCUAGUUUUUGCUAAUCCUAAUCAUUCCCAGUAGCUGUUGAAGUAAUCCUGCAGAAGUUAUCUGGACUUUGAAAGACUGGGCUUAGGUUAUUGAUGGAAAAAUCCUUCUGUUAGUUACAAUUCAUGAAGCUCUAGACAAGGACAGAACCAGGAUUUUCUAUAUGAGGGGGCUGGCCACAACAUGAAAAAUAAAAUUUUGAAAAUUUGAUGUUGAUGAAUAUAAAUAUAAAAUAUCUGAGUAACCAAAUAAUACCCAUUACAAAACACAAUAUCUAGGUGAUCUUAACAAACUAAAAACAACUAAGAGGUGAAAAAAUAAAAGUUUCUCAAUAGGUUAUACCUCAAGCAUGUGUCAAAAUGGAAUUUAAUGAUACCUUAGAUCCGAAAGUCAUCCAUGAUGAAGAUGGAACUAACUGUUCCGGUAAUUUCCUUCUCAAUAAAUAUAACCAAAGCAUUUGUGAAAAACUCAUCCUCCAUCCGAAGCAUGUGUUCUAACAAUAUUUAUAGUUGAAAAUGCCGUUUCUGAUCCACUAUUUUUAUUCAGUGGGGGCACCCGGUAUAAUUUUGAUAUUUAAACAAAAAAAUACUUAGAUAAUUAUGAAAAUCCGAAACCACGCGGGGGCUGUGGCCCCCAUUAGCCAAAGUGUGGUUCCGUCUUUGGCCCUAGACCUCCAGUUCUAAAAUACACUGAGUAAGUGUCAAAACAACAAGGAGCAGAAAAUUUCCACAGUUACUUUGGUUCUCACACUGCAUGAAACUUGAAGAUGCAUAGCAAGAUUCAGAUUAACCUCAGUGCCAUAGGAUAAUGUUGAACCAUGUUUUCAGAUUGCAGUAUGGCCUAGGAGUAAUGUUGUUGUGCUGUCUUCUGUGGAAAAAUUGAUUUUCUAAAGGGCAAACCCAAUGCACAAGGCUCCCGCCACUGUGGGGUCUGGGGAAAAAUUGUUUCUAGGUUGUUGGAAUUGUUUGUGAAUGAUCUGUGUGCUCAGUUUGCAGAAACCUGAUUUUUUUUCAAGAUGAAAUAAUAGUUAUAUCAAUGUUGUAGCCAUGCAGUCGCGUGGAUAUGUGUCAAUAAUAUUACUUUUAAGGGUUUUGUGACCACUUCUCUGGCUGCUAUUGUAGUGUCUUUCUCGUGCCUUUGGUGUACUUGGUGGUUUUGUUCUCAGAGUUGGACUAUGUUGACAACCUAAUUUUCAAGGAAAAAGGUGUAUUUUGAAUGUAAAACUCCGUGGACCACAUCUCUUGCUACUACAACCUUAAGACUCCCUUGGGUAUUUGUAGACGAACUAAGGAGAAAAAACAAGAAUGGCCCAACCCAUAGUGGCACGUCUGCGGCUGCUUUUUCUUUCACGCUAAUCUUUCAACUCUUUUGUGUGCAAGAAGCCAGUGCUGGUCACCACCCAUUGAAUUUAGGUGGACAAGGCUAUCAAGCCCAACCAAAGGCUCUGCCUAGAGAUCUCAAUUGGCAAUAUCUGUUAGAAAACUGACAAAUGCUCUAGGAGAUUAACCCUUAUUUUGUUUGAUACCGUGGCAAUUACUCUCUUUAAUGGCUUUUUCCAUAAUAUUGUAUUCAACCACAUUCAUGGGUUUGGUGUCCAGUUUAUGUAAGCUGAAAGAAUUCCGCUUCCCCUUUUAUUAAAUAUAUCAU